AUGCACAGGAACUUGCUAGUUGGAGGUGGUCAAAAAGCUCGCCCCAGUGGACAGCCAACUGCAAUGAGCGACAAGGAUGAUGCGCUUCUAGAUCGUUUGGGCUCUUUGGAUGCCACCCCGGCAACCAAGCAAGCUCAGAAAUUCGACGUUAAAGCGACGGAUGUCACUCUGGCUUCGUUGCGUCGGGCACAAAGCCAAGAUAUGUUCUCGCGGCUUCACGAAGUCGGAGCCCUUUUGCCUCUGCGCGCCAAAUUUUCGAUGGAUUACACUUACAGCUCCUUUUGGGAGGACGCUGAAGACCGCAUCGAGGCUAUACGCGACCAAGUCGAGCAAGCAGUCGUCAAGGUAGACCCCAGUCUCAAACGAAAGUUUCCGAAACGACUGAAGUACAUUUUGAAAACUUUAGUGCCCAUUAUCAAGGACGUCUAUUCAAGUGAUCAGGCGGAUACAGACCUGGAGAAGAUGCUUGACCAUGUGCUGGCGCAAAUCAAGCGAGACAUAGGGAAGCUGAAACUGGAGCCGUACUAUUUUUACUCCUGAUUACUUCCGAUUUUUACUGAUUAAUAAAUUAUAAGUAUACUGAUUAUGGCGAUUGAUGAUGCGAUAAGAGCAGCAUCUUCGAUUUCACCGUUCUUGAAGAAUCCUUGUGCCUAUUCCUCGAAGUGAUGAGUUCGAUGGAGAUUGUUGAUUCUCAUCUUACCAUAAUCUUAAUCAACUUGUCGAUCACGUUCAUCUGAAUCCCACAAUAAAUAUCUACAGAUACCUGAAAAUCGACGAUACCAAGAGCAUCAUGGAGGCGCUUGAAGCAGAAGCCAAGGAGCAGGGACAGGAAAAAACUGACACGUCUCUCGAAGAGUUCAUCACUACCGAGAUGGGCUUACAGCGAGUUUUUUUCUUGAAGUCACCUCGUUACAUCCUCCACGCCAUGAUCAUUGGUGCUCUCGGUGUCAUCCAACUGGCCAUUUCGUUUAUUCCGUAUUUGCAGCCGAUAUCGCAGAUCUUGCGCGAUGAGGGUGGCAGCGAUAUUUCCUUCGCUGUAGACGCUUUGAUGAAAGGCGACUGUCCGCACAUAAAGCGAUGGUGGAAGAACGUCAAGUUGCCGUCUAUGGCGCAGACGGUAUUUUCUUUAGGGUUGAGCGCGGUCUGUCAGUCGAAGGAGAAUGGCGGUGGCUGGGGAGCUUUUGACGCGGACAAAGCCAUCUCGGGUGCGAGCGGCGUAGCACUUGGGGCUGGUGGUGGUAAGAUCGCUUUCAUGCAGGUCCAACGCUUUGGAGCAAAAUUGCUGAUGGGCGUUGCUCAGGGCAUCAAGCAGAACCUGAGUCAGCGAUUGACGCAGUGGAUUAUGCAACGCAGUGUGACUGACAAGAUUAUCCAGAAACUGCAUGAGAAAAUCAUCAAGGGAAGACACUAUCAGCGCAAUAAGCUGAAAUUACGGGAUGCCGCAAUGCGGAUUUUUCAGUACUAUUCAGAUCCUUUUCGAGGCGAAGAGGUUAUCAAAGCGCAGAUGGGCCAGGUCCGCAAGACCUAUGAUGAGGACGAUAGUUUUUCGGAUUUCAUCAAUUUUGCGAAGAAAAUCCGGGAGAUCCAGGUACAACAGACUAUGCAAGCCCAAGCGGGGAAGGAGGGCCAGGAGAAUGCCCAGAUUUUUGGGAGUAGCUUCGGCAAAUCGAACCAGUCAGUGUUUAACAAGGACAACAUGCAAAGGUGGGCUGCUCUAGCGCCAUUGCGCAUUUUAAGUGCCUUGCACGAAUGGAGCAAACUCGAGAACGUCGGCCGCGACUUUUCCAACAAGCUUUUAGGUCUCUUGACGCUGGAGCAAGUCAUCAAAGCACACGGCCUGUCGCACGUUUAUCAUGCUGGCAAUGCUCCGUCUGGUGGGAGUGGUUCAGCGGGGUCUACGAACUUCGAGAGAAUGUCGGUUCUCGCAGCUCCGAAUUCCAGAGUAGGGAAGCAGGUCCUAGAGGUCAAGAUUGACGAACUGUUGGACCAACUCGACAAGGAGAUUAUGGCUUUCUUAAGAGAGCACAUCGAGAAGGAGUUUGUCCAAGCAGCUGUGGAUGGCAUUACGAAGCAUUUGGCGAAAGCUACCAUUGAAGCCGGACUGGAUGCGUGGUAUAGGGCGGCGACGAAGAGCAUAGAAGGGGUUUUACAGGAGAUUCAAAAAAAGAUGGAUGCGCAAGCCCAAGCUCAGGCAAAAGCAUAUCAGAAGGAAAUGCAAGAGAAGCGCGAUGCGGAGAAUCUUCAAAGUUAAGGAUGUAGUAGAGGCUAGUUUCUCUAGAUCUGGAGCUAGGAAAGGGAAUCCGUCUCAUAGUGAGAAUUCAGAAACCUGUACUGAGUCUGAGAAUUAAUUUAGAAAGCGAAGGGUGUCCAAAGGUUAAGAUGGAUUUCCCAUCCGAUUAUCCUCUAAUCCAAAGACCAGGAGCAAAUGGAUGAAAUCCCUAUUCGAGGUGAUGACGGUGACAGCGGUGCUGGUGCCAAUGAUUUUGGUGGUAGGAAAGGAUUCUACGACACAAAUGUGGUCGAUAGCAAGCUUGACGAGGUUGAAGGUGGGGUGA